CCUCGUCACGUCAUUCUUCACUUUCACUUGUGAGAUCAAACCGACUUUGAAGCACUUGCUUAGCUUGGAUUUGCCCGUUCCUUUUAGGGUUUCUUCUAUCUUCGCCUGAAACCUUAAUUAUCGGUCAGAUCUGAGCUAGAAUCAUAUCAAGGGAAGUUUCGGUUUGUUUCACUUCACCAGCUAAUUUUCAUGUCUGAACUCGACCUACAGAUUCCUUCUGCUUUUGACCCGUUUGCUGAAGCUAAUGUUGAGGACUCUGGUGCCGGUUCAAAAGAAUACGUUCAUAUCCGCGUUCAGCAGCGAAAUGGUCGAAAAAGUUUGACUACAGUGCAGGGGUUGAAAAAAGAGUUUAGUUACAGUAAGAUUCUGAAGGACCUCAAGAAGGAGUUCUGUUGCAAUGGCACUCUUUUCCAGGACCCUGAACUAGGCCAGGUCAUCCAGCUUCAAGGUGAUCAGAGAAAGAACGUCUCUAGCUUUCUGACCCAGGCAGGCAUAGUGAAGAAGGAUACUAUCAAGAUCCAUGGAUUCUAGGCUGCUGAAGCCACACAUGUGCAAGUCUACUGUUUACACAUAUCAAGCAAUUAGAGUGUUGUGUUUGCUUUAAGUUGGGACAGUUCUGUUUGCUGUCUCUGUUAAUUCUACUUCUAGUUCGGUAAUGUUAUGAAAUAUGUGUUUCCAUAUCAACUUUAGACAUAUAAUAAUCAGUGACCCAGUGAUAAUAUCCUUCACUCCUUCA